UUACCAAAUACAAACCUAAAUUCACUUUUCAUUAACACGCCGUUUAAUAAUACGUGCUCUGAAAACUAAAAUCAGUUCUGAAAUCAUAUAACAUGAAAGCGUACAUAUAUUUUGUGAUUGUUACUUCUCCGUUAAUAUGUGUUUGUAGAGACGAAGAUAAAAUAGCCAAAGCAUGUUAUUGGCCAAAUGAGAUUUACGAGCCGUGUUUUGGUGGCUGUGCCGAGAUCUCCUGCGACAAUCCUCGUAACCACCUUCGUCCCUGCUACCCGUACUGCGAGCCAGGGUGCGUCUGCGAGGAGCCCUACGUCCGCGACGAUCGUACCCAUCAGUGCGUCUUACCGCAGGAUUGUUCACCAACACAAAUGGGGAUUCCCGUACCUAGCAAGAGAUCUGGUCAACUAGGAAACCCUGCACCGAAGAUGGUGGGAAGAUUACCGAGAAGCCACAUUAAACGGGAUAAUUUACAAGAGAUAAGUGACGUUGACGCUAGUAUGAGUCACGUGGAGGAUUUCAGACGAGCAGCGGAAGUGUCAAGAAUGGGGAAUUACUUCAACAUUGUCAUCGCCCCGCCUCCUAUAAAAGCGCUACAACCAAGAAAAACUUUGCAGAGUGACACUCAAACAAAUCCUGGCAAAAGUAUAUGA